AUGGAUGCCACGAGUCCUACGCCGACCGUGGUGGCCCGCGGCGCCAACAACAACAGUGACUCGGACCUUGGGACCAGUACCACUACUGGCACUGGCACUGGUUCGGGGGGAAGAAAACACGCCAAAGGUCUCUCGUUGAACCUCCCGCUUCCGAUCCUGGUACCACCGCAGCUGCAAAUGUCUGCCUCUGUCUCGCAGUCUCCGUCACAGUCGCUGUCCCAGUCGCAAUCACCUAGUCCUCGAACCCGGUGGUCAUACCAGGGUCCUAUUCUUCUCGAUUCACCCGCCCGAUCCUCGCACGCUUCUGCGUCUCCUAUUCGAGUCUCAACGAGCAGUUCAAGUUUUGCCGCCGACGAAAGGUCAAUAGGAACAGGAUCAGGAUCAGAUAGUUCCUGGAUGAGGAGGAAUAAGACUUCCGGAGCGGGAGCAAGAACCAGAACCAGCGCCGACUUCCUCACUCUUCUUGCAGCGCAGGAACGUCGCGUUCUCGAGUUGCGAGAGGAACUGCAAAAGGCCGAGGCGGACUUGCUGGGCCUGAAAAAACAAUGGGCCUCGUAUGAAGCUAAUAAGAAGAGAGAGGAGGUCAAACAUGUCAAGAAGCUGGAGGCAUUGCCGUUGGACGAUGUGGUGAGUUCGAGGUCUCCGACUUCUACUAGCGGUGGUGGUGGUGCUUUUGAUGAUGACGAAGAGGAGAGAAGACGACGGCGGGCUUUGGUGGAGAGGAGCGUGAGGAUGAAUGGCAACACAGCGGCAACAGGUGUGAACGACAAUUAUACUAAUGACGAUGGGGAGGAGUAUAAUGAUAAUAAUAACGGUCAUGUCAAUGGUGCUGGUGCUGCUACCGAACAAUUGGGCAGGAGGACGUCGACGAAGAAACCCCGCGUGUUUCAAGGUGGACGACAUACUAGGACAUUGAGCCUACUGAGUCCCACGUCGGCAAAGUAUAGACAGCAACAACAAGGCCAGGAGGAUGGGACCGGAACAAUGUCGGCAAAGUCGUCAGAUGCUAUGAUCGGUGACCCGGGAGUGCCAACAGAUGGUACAGUCAGGGCUGACACCGACGGUCGCCGUGUCUCCGAUGACUCUUCUUCCCGGUCGUCUCUGUCUUUAACCCGAAUGACUAUGACUACGACUUUGGACGGCUUGAUUUCUGGCGCCGACUCGCUCCAGCAGCUCGGGUUUGGCAAGACGUAUAAAGAGCUGGCUACGGCGCAUCGGCGCUCGUUGCCACCCGUUGCAGCGGACCUUUUGGUCAAGCAAGGGAAACAGGUCUAUGAGGGUGUGCGUGAGGGGCUGUGGACGUUCUGGGAAGAUAUCAGGCAGGCCACUGUGGGGGAGGAGGGGAUUAAUGGACCGGCUACCAACAAGCCGCAGCAGCAGCAGCAGCCGGGACAAAAGAGGUCGAUGAGGCGGGAGAAUGGGAAUGUGGAGACUGGGCAGAAGAAAAGGGGUUCUUCUACGUCUAACUCUACGGCUACGGCUACCUCUGCUACAAGGACGCAGCGAAAUCGAAAUCAUGGUCCAGAGAGAAGCAGAGACCGAGAUGGACAAUCGGCUCCAGAGUCGAAAUCUAAAGAACCGGUUUCGUCCUUUUGGCGCGAAUUCGGCUUGGAUACUCCGCAUAAACAACAGGUGCAGUCACGAUUGAAAAGGCCGGAUCAAACGCCGACUCAGGGUCAAACGCAAGGCUAUCCGAGGAAAUCAGACCGAACCACGACGCAAAGACACGCUCAGCAGAAGAGUGUUACAAGUACAGAUUCGUCAACUCCACCGAGUUUGAUACCGGAUCUUAAUGACGACGACAACGAAACGGGAAUCAACCGUGACGACGAGGAUGAUACGCCUUGGGACGCCUGGGAUUCUCCCGUCAGUACUCGGGUGACGGACGCAGUAGCACCAGUACUGACAGGACGUUCGGCUGACUCGGACACUCUCAUUGCUACUACUGAUCCAGGCAAUGGCGGUAAUAAUAGUCUUGCAGCUGCAGCUUCUCCAAGCUCUACAGGCCAACUUCUCCCGUGGCCGGAAAUUGCGAAACCCGAGAAACUUGCGACGAGUGAUCAGCAGGGCUUGAAGUUGACCAGGACGGUGAGCGAUCUGAUGAAGGAGUGGGAUGGGUAA